GGGGAUUCUCCUAUCCUCCGCGCGCCACAGCCUCCCGCUCGGGCUUUGCCCUCCAUCUCCCUCCCUCCCCCUCUUCCCUUUUCCGACUUCUUCUCCCCCUUUCCCCGCGACCAUGUUCCUCACCCGCGCCGGCCGCACCCUCUUUUCUUCCGCCUCAACCGGGCGUCUCCUCCGCGUCGCCGGCUCCCAUGUCACCCGUUCCAUUUCCACUGCCGCUCCCAAUCUCCAGGCCCAGCCCCAGCACUCCGACAUGCCGCGCUUUAUUUCCACCUCCAUGAAGGGCGCCUCCGUCCUUGCCGACCCUCGGCUCAACAAGGGGACUGCCUUCUCGCAGCAGCAGCGCGCCGAGUUCUCCAUCGAGGGCCUCCUCCCGGCGGCCGAGGAGUCGCGCGAGCUCCAGCUUCGCCGUGUCCAUGCGCAGCUCGCCUCCAAGGGCAGCGACCUGGAGCGCUAUGAGUUCCUCAUGAACCUGGCCUCCGUCGAUGAGCGCCUCUUCUAUGCCGUCCUCACUGACGACCUGGAGGCCCUCCUGCCUGUGGUUUACACCCCGACCGUCGGCAGUGCCUGCAUGAACUGGUCUUCGAUGUUCAUGCGCCCGCAGGGUCUCUACCUGAAUGUCGACCAGCUGGACCGCAUCGACGCCAUGGUCGACAACUGGCCGGAGGAUGAUGUCCGCGCCAUUGUCGUCACCGAUGGCGAGCGCAUUCUCGGCCUUGGCGAUCUCGGUGCCAAUGGCAUGGGCAUUCCCGUCGGCAAGAGCAGCCUCUACUCGGCUUGCGCCGGGAUCCCCCCGAAGUUCCUCCUCCCGGUCACCCUCGACGCCGGUACCAACAACUCCCGGCUCCUGGCCGAUCCCUUCUACAUCGGCCUCAAGAAGCACCGUGUCACCGGCGAUGCCUACGAGCAGCUGGUUGACCGUUUCAUCCAGGCCGCUCGCCGCCGGUGGGGUCCGCGUGUGCUCGUCCAGUUCGAGGACUUCGGCAAUGCCAAUGCCUUCCGCCUGCUGGACAAGUACCAGAGCCAGAUCACCUGCUUCAAUGACGACAUCCAGGGCACUGCCUCCAUUGCCGUGGCCGGUCUGUUGAUCGCCUCGCAGAUGGGCGCCGGUGCGGCCUCCGCCUCUCAGUUCACCGGGCCCCGGUCCCUCGGCGAGCAGACCUUCCUCUUCGUGGGUGCUGGCACUGCGGCCACCGGCAUUGCCGAGCUCCUGGUCGAGUCCAUGGUCCAUGCCGGCAUGACUGCCGAUGAUGCCCGCCGUCGCAUCUUCCUCGUGGACUCCAGUGGUCUGGUGUCUCGCAGCCGCCUGGCCAACGAGACCAUGGCCCCCAACAAGGCCGCCCUGGCCCAGGACAUCCCCUUCAUGGACAACCUCCAGGAGAUUGUGGACACCAUCAAGCCUUCGGUUCUGAUUGGCGUGUCCGGCACCGGUGGUGUCUUCACCGAGAACAUCAUUCGCAGUGUGUCUGCCGCUCAUGAGCGCCCGAUCAUCUUCUCCCUCAGCAACCCGACCGCCAACUCCGAGUGCACCGCCUCCCAGGCGUACGCCUGGUCGCAGAACCGCGCCAUCUUCGCCUCGGGCAGCCCCUUCCUCCCGGUGGAGGUGGCCCCUGGCGACAUUCGCCUGCCCGGCCAGUGCAACAACUCCUACAUCUUCCCCGGUGUGGCUCUCGGCAUCAUCACCUGCGAGGCCAACCACGUUCCGGAUUCGGUCUUCCUCCUCGCUGCCGAGGUCCUGGCCGACAUCAGUGUCAAGGACACCGCUCGCCUGGAGCGCGGCAGCCUCUUCCCCCCGCUGCGUGACAUUCAGAACCUCAGUGUCCGCAUCGCCAUGGCCGUCGUCCGGCAUCUGGUCGAGGGUGGCCAUGCCACCAACCAGAAGGUCAUCGAGGCCUGCGCCGCUGGCGAGGAGGAGCUCGAGGCCGUCAUCCGCUCGGUCAUGUUCAACCCCCUGCAUUGAUGGCCAUAUGCAUUGCCAGCACCACGGCCCCUUCCCUGUCUCUUCUUCCUGUGAGUAUGCAUGUGUAUGUGCGUAUGCUUGUCGGCGCGCAUGCAAUGUCCUCCUCUCCUCUCCCUGCCCCCUCCUCCUCCUCCUCCUCGUGCCUGGUCAUUUUUCCCGCGCUUCGUCCAAGAUGACUGGCCCUUGGGAGAGACCGAUGGAGGGGGGGGGGGG